UUUUUUUUUUUUUUUUUUGUUCUUCAUCGUCUUGUUUCAUUUUAUCACGUCGAGUUAUCGGUGUUCUCUAUUUUUGAGCAUUUCGCAGAUUUCGUUUGCUUGUUCUCGAUUUUAGACAUGGUCUUAUGAUGCGGUCCGAUCUCACCAUGUUACUGCUCCUGGUUAUACCCUUUAUGUAAUCGAGAGCAUCUUGGUCGGCAUUGCAUGAACAUAGAUUGCGUUGUCUUUCUCCUGCGACCGCUUCUGUCAGAUACCCUUUUUGUUCUCAGGCGGCCAUAUGGAGAUCCGCUUGAACUAUGUGCGCCGAGCAGGAGUGCCGGCUUUUCGGUUUCAGAAAAGUGCUUUUUAUGGUUUCAUCUGCUUGGUGCUGUGGCAACGCAUCGACCGUGUCUUGCAAGAUAGAUCUCUUCCUUUUUCGGUAUCUCAUGGCGGUUUCACUUCUUAUGCAUGCGUCGCUACUGUUUCUGCCUCGUGCUGCUCUCUUCCCCAUGCGUUGCUCCAUGGCGGCCUCGGCUAUGGCUGGAGUCCUUCUUGCUACGCAUCGCUCCUGUGUGGAAGAGACGGUGCGAGGGCUACCAAACAGCGCUUUGCGACCACGGGCCUUCUUCGGCGGGUAUUUGUUUCUUUUUUGACACUGCCUCUGGGACAGGCGGUGCAUGAUAACGUGAUGCGAGUGAUAGAGAAGGGAUUUUUCUUUGCAUUGUGUAUGGCGUUGGGCUUGAGCUGCUGUGUCCACAAAAAGAUUAUGUUCUCUGCACUGGGGACCGUGGAGGAUGGAAUGCUGCAUUUGCUGGCACUUAUGAUUUUUUGUGGUUAUGCUAGACAUCAUUGUCUCAUGUCAGUAGCGAUAUAGGCUCGACGAGAUAUGCCGAAGACGGCCCUGUUCACGGGGGCUUUAUCUGUCUCGCGCGAAGGGGAGCUAUUUAUCAGGACAAAAAGUUUGAUUCUAGUCUUAUCUACUUGGUGUAGUACAUCCUGCGAUGCCCGUGGUCCAUGAAUUCCUCGUAGCAGUUAGAAGUGAAAGCCCUACAGACACACUGGGUUAAUAAGGUCACAAUCAAUCAUUGAGCGUAGGGAGAAG